AUGGCGGACGGCAAACCCCAGCACCGGCCGGCCCAGCCGGCCUCGACCAACUACGACGCCAACUCCCUCACCCGCGAGUUCGAACAGUUGAUGCGGACCAAGCGAUUCAACCAACUCCAGGAAGAUUCCCGUUCACGAGCCGGUUCUCAGUCGCCUGUUCCGACCGCCAGCCAUUCUAUUCCACCGCCCUCGCGAGCUCCGCCGCCGCCGCCUUCGAUGGCCGCGCGACCGGCUUCCCAGCCAGCAUCGCCAGCACCCGCCAAGCGCCAUCUCCCCAUCAUGCCAUCGCCGCCCCAGGAUGCAGCCUCGCUCAAAUUUUUUAAUUUAUUGAAGGGACUCUCGGUGACACCAACAAAAUACGAAAACCCAGGCCUUCUCGAUGAGGCCCUUUGCGUCAUCCCUCUCGAUCGUCUUUACUCUGAAGCCGAGGAGGAGUCCCAGAUUCUGCAGGCCCAAGCAGCCAGUGUUGGUAAAAAGCCAGAAUGGGGCUAUCAAGAUUGUGUGGUUCAAGCGAUCCUUCUUCCAAUUCGUCAACAACCCCCAUGCUCGCAAUGCUGCAUGCCCACCAUCGCCCAGGGUAUGACGCCCCCAUCGCCCGACGAGACCGCCCGCGGCGCCACCCGCGUCGAGCUGUACCGCUGCUCUGAGCCACGAUGCGGCGCCUACGAGCGAUUUCCCCGGUAUUCCGACGUUUGGCAACUCCUUCAAACUCGCCGUGGACGAGCUGGCGAGUGGGCCAACUGCUUCAGCAUGUUCUGCCGUGCCGUCGGCGCUCGGGUUCGCUGGGUCUGGAACGCCGAGGACCACGUUUGGACUGAGGUCUACUCGGAGCACCAGCGACGAUGGGUGCACGUGGAUGCUUGUGAAGAGGCCUUCGACAACCCCCGUCUUUACGCCGAGGGAUGGCGCCGGAAGAUCUCCUACUGUGUCGCCUUCGGAAUCGACGGUGCGACCGAUGUGACCCGCCGCUACGUUCGCAACUUUACCAAGCACGGCAACCCACGAAUUCGUGCAUCCGAAGAGGUUGUGCUGUGGUCCAUCCAGGAGAUUCGACGCAAGCGCCGUGAGAACAUGUCCAAGACCGACCGGGCCCGUCUUCUGAAGGAGGACGAGCGUGAAGAGCGGGAGUUGCGAGGAUUCACUGCCUCCGCUCUGGCGGCUGAGAUCAAUAACAUCCUGCCACGCAGCCUUGUGGACCGACCGGACGCCCAGAAGCACGCCGAUGCCCGCCAGGAGGCCCAGAGCGAAUGGCUCGCUGCCAGAGGCCAUGGUCACUCCGGACCUGAUCGGUCGCGUGAUGGACGAUAA